GGCGGCACACACCUGCUCUCACACAUCAGCGGAGGAUCUGUAGACGUGUUGUUGUGAGGAGACGGCGCGCGGCUCCCGGGGCCCCUCGGUGUCCGCACACCGGGGAAGGAGAGAUCGGGGCUCUCAUGGGCGGGGUGUGUAGUCUGAUCUCUCUGAUUAUGGAGGACGUGUAUGAGGCCGGUCCGUCUCCCCCCGGUGAGGACUUUGUGCCGGUCCCGUCCCGUAGCAGACCUCCGGUCUCCAUCCUCCUCUCCACCUUCCUCUUCUGUGCGGAGACGGCGGCCGCCUGCUGGAUGGCGGCGGGGUACGGGCGCUCGGAGGACGAGGUGUGGAUGUCUCUGACCAUUGUCUUCAUGCUGGUCCCAUCCAUCAUGGUCCAACUCACCCUGACCUUCAUCCACCGGGACCUGGGCCGGCACCGCACCCUCGUACUGCUCUGGCACCUCUUACAGCUGGGACCCAUCAUCAGAUGUGUGGAGGCGUUAAUGGUCUACUGUCAGAUGGGCCGCGAGGAGGAACCCUACGUGACCAUCUCCCGAAAGAAGCACCACCGCAGCUGGGGGGUGUUUGAAGAAGAGGAGCGGGAGGUGGGGCACAGUCUACGGAAGUUGGCCACGCAUCGCGACGCCUUCAAGCGCACGGCCGUCAUCCAAGCUUUCCUCGGCUCCACCCCGCAGCUCACCCUUCAGUUGUACGUCACCGUCCUGGAGAGAUACGUCCCCCCCGCACGAGCUUUCCUCAUGGCGAUGUCUCUAGCAUCCACCACCUACGGCGCCUCGGUCCUUAACAUCCUGGCCAUCCAGAUCAAAUACGACGACUACAAAGUGCAGUUGAGCGUGCCGGCCUUCGUCUGCGUGGUUCUGUGGAGGGCACUGGAAAUCGCCACCCGCGUCACAGUCCUGGUGCUCUUUUGUGCGGCGCUGAAACUCUGGGUGGCCGUGGUGAUCGUGGUGAAUAUGGUGGCCCUCUUCCUAUUGCCGUGGGUCAACUUUUGGAGAAGAGGGAACAGCAUCCCCGAGAACGUGGAGAAAAGCUUCAGCGGGAUAGGCACCAUGAUCGUCUUGGGCUCAGUGACGUUGUUGUACUCCGCCAUCAAUAUGUUUUGUUGGUCGGCCGUCCAACUCAACUUGGCCGAAAGAGGCCUCAUCGAUCAAUCGCAGAACUGGGGGAGGCUCAGCCUCCACUACGCCUUUAGGUUGCUGGAGAACACGGCUCUGAUUUUACUCUGGUAUUUUUACAAGGAAGACGGCUUUGAGUAUUUUUGCUCCCCGCUCCUCGUCGUGCAGCUGUUGUUCGGGUAUGCCGCGGCCAUUUUUUUCAUGCUGUUUUUCUACCAGUACUUUCACCCGUGCCGGUCGCUGUUCAGCCGGAACGUGUCGGACUUGUUAUCGUGCGCUUAUUGCAAAACGACGAAGCCUUUGCAGAGGCGAGGGGUGGGAAGAGAGAGCAUUGUAUGAGGGAGGUACGCCGAAAAGGUUCGGUUUGGUUCAGCUUGAGCAGGAAAUAACUGUAGCGAAGUUGUGGCGGUUAUCUUUUUUUUUUUCCCGCACGCUGUAAUGUGAUAUGCGAUUCACUCAGGAACAAGAGAAGUGCCUAUGCCAAGUCUUAUCACUGCAGAGCAGCUGUGCAAAGAGCGCGUUCAGCUGUCGCUCGUGCUACUGUUACAAGCAAAGACCUCAACGGCGUCGUCGUUCACAGUUUUUAAUGCGCUUAUAAAGCUGAACUCCAGGCAGACGAGCUAGAUACGUCGACGACGUAUAAAUAAGGGGGUUGAUUUUUACCUGGCAAAUGUUUUUCUGUCCAUCCAAGUCCUGAGAUUUACAGAGCCCUGAUGCAAAGCGCACACCUUUCCCUGUUAUAGACUGUAGACCAGCGGUCCCCAACUGGUACCAGGGACCGGUUUUGUGGAACACAAUUUUUAUUUUUAUUUUCUCCAUGGAUUUGUAAGGGGAGAUAAUCUGGCCUUUUAGAUGCAGUGACGUACUGAUGGGAAGUAUCUGUGCUAAAGAUCUUCAUUUGCAGCCGCGCCCCAGCACUAGCAUCACCGCUUUGGCUCCAUAAGGUUUUCAUAGAAGUCUCUGUGCUAAAGAUCUGCAUUUGUAGCCACUUCCCAGCACUAGCAUCACCGCUUUUGGCUCCAUGGAGUCUCUGUGCUAAAGAUCUUUAGAAGUCUCUGUGCUAAAGAUCUGUAUUUUAAACUGCUCCCUAGAACUAGCAUCACCGCUUUGCCUCCAUAGGGUUUUCAAAGAAGUCUCUGUGCUAAAUAUCUGCAUUUGUAGCUGCUUCCCAGCACUAGCAUCACCGCUUUGGCUCUAUGGAGUCUCUGCGCUAAAGAUCUUUAGAAGUCUCUGUGCUAAAGAUCUGCAUUUGUAGCUGCUCCCCCGCACAAGCAUCACCGCUUCGGCUCCAUAAGGUUUUCAUAGAAGUCUUUGUGCUAAAGAUCUGCAUUUGCAGCUGCUCCAUAGGGUUUUCUUAGAAGAAUUUCUAUGCUAAAGAUCUGCAUUUGUAGCUGUUCCCCCGCACUAUCAUCACCGCUUUUAGCUCCAUAGGGUUUUCAAAGAAGUCUCUGUGCUAAAUAUCUGCAUUUGUAGCUGCUUCCCAGCACUAGCAUCACCGCUUUGGCUCUAUGGAGUCUCUGUGCUAAAGAUCUGCAUUUGUAGCUGCUUCCCAGCACUAGCAUCACCGCUUUGGCUCUAUGGAGUCUCUGUGCUAAAGAUCUGCAUUUGUAGCUGCUUCCCAGCACUAGCAUCACCGCUUUGGCUCCAUAGGGUUUUCAUAGAAGUCUCUGUGCUAAAGAUCUGCAUUUGCAGCUGCUCCAUAGGGUUUUCUUGGAAGAAUUUCUAUGCUAAAGAUCUGCAUUUGUAGCUGUUCCCCAGCACUAUCAUUACCGCUUUGGCUCCAUGGAGUCUCUGUGCUAAAGAUCUGUAUUUUAAACUGCUCCCUAGAACUAGCAUCACGGCUUUGCCUCCAUAGGGUUUUCAAAGAAGUCUCUGUGCUAAAGAUCUGCAUUUGUAGCUGCUCCCCAGCACUAGCAUCACCGCUUUGGCUCCAUAGGGUUCUCAUAGAAGUCUCUGUGCUAAAGAUCUGCAUUUGCAGCUGCUCCAUAGGGUUUUCUUAGAAAAAUUUCUAUGCUAAAGAUCUGCAUUUGUAGCUGCUCCCCAGCACUAUCAUCACCGCUUCGGCUCCAUAGGGUUUUCAUAGAAGUCUCUGUGCUAAAGAUCUGCAUUUGUAGCUGUUCCCCCGCACUAGCAUCACCGCUUUUGGCUCUAUGGAGUCUCUGCGCUAAAGAUCUUUAGAAGUCUCUGUGCUAAAGAUCUGCAUUUUAAACUGCUCCCUAGAACUAGCAUCACCGCUUUGGCUCCAUAGGGUUUUCAAAGAAGUCUCUGUGCUAAAGAUCUGCAUUUGUAGCUGCUCCCCCCGCACAAGCAUCACCGCUUUGGCUCCAUAGGGUUCUCAUAGAAGUCUCCGUG